GUUAAACGCACGCGCGUGUCCAUUGCGCCUGCGCGGGAAAACUAAAUAAAAUACGCGCGAAAGUGAACACGUGAACGAUCAGGAUUCUAUGCACUAUUAUUGGAUAAUAUUGAUGUAAUAACCGGACAAAAUGGGAACCUUGAUGCUUAUACUUUGUGUCAUACCAGCAGUAGUGACCGCGAUCACAAUAUCUCCUAAUGGAAACAGUCCGCAAGUCAAGAUGAUCGGAGGAAUGAUGGUCGACGUCCAAAAAGGAUUUGUACCCAUGAAGCAGGAGACCACCACGAAAAGCAAUUACGAGAAAAGCAGAAAAAUUAUCGCCGAAUCCUCGAAACUAUCCAUUAAUGAAAGAUACAGGAGACUGAUACCAUACAUGACAUUCUACUAUGCAAACGAUUUGUCUUCAACAACCGAAGCUUACCACGCGAAAAAUAUUGAAGUAGAGAAAGCAGAAAUUGUUGAACAGAAGUUGUUAGAGCAGCAACAACAAAACCAGCGACAGCCAAAGAAGAUCGUUUAUUCGCCGCACAGGAAUAUACCACGAUAUCAGGGGAAUAGGCUGACGCAUUUUAACAUAGCCUCGGCAAAUCCAACUAAAGUUUACUAUAAAGAAGUUCCAGUUUAUCAAAAUUCGCCAAAAGUAUCUCCGAAUUAUAAUCCCUUGUCAUCAGGGUAUGUAAUAUCCAAUGAUGACUAUGAUCAGGGGAGAUUCGUUCACAAACCCAUAGUAAAAUCUCCUAGUGUCCCGUUCACAACAACGACAAGGAAACCAUAUUUAAAUCUGUACAACGACGAAAGCUCUGGUGGUGUACAGUAUUAUUUAGCUGACAAAGAGCAACCACCAAAAUACAAAUUGGUCCCGUAUGAACAAACACCUCCAGUCAAAGUUCCUCAAAACGAUAAUGUGUACGUAACUAAAAAGCCUUUCCCAGUCCCCGUAUUGAUCCAGAAAGAACCAGUAUACAUUAAACAGAGACCAGCAAGACCGCAAUAUGUUUACGACAAUGUGAAUGUCCAACAAUUGGUACCGAGGAAGCAACCUGUAGUAGUGUCAGAAAGUUACUACGACAAUAGGCGACCUCCUGUGACUUUAAGCCAACCCAUAGCGCAGCCCGUUGUUGAGAGUGGGUUCAAACCUAUUGUCAGUCCUGUAGUUACUACACAAGCUCCAAUAUACACAACCGAGUUAUCACCGUCACCUAUUCCACAAUAUGAAACUGAAAAACCGACUCCAAUUGAAGCGGCGCCUGUAACUCCCGAAUCUGGCUAUAGACCGAAUUAUUAUCAAUAUGUUGUAGACCAACCAACGUACAAUCAAGAACCUUAUGAGCCAAGUAACUCAGUGACCCUCUCAGAUUUAUUAAAUUCGCUUCAGCUGAAUAAGUCGAUUCCCAAACCGAUAACAAGAGAAAAUGUUGGAUCAUCUAUAAGAACGUUACUUCAAGUGUUGAACGCUUUGAAGGCUAUGCAGCAAAAUGAGAUUGAAACACCGGUGCUGAGCACCCCGAAGCCGUUCGUGGCUGUUGAACCUGUCGACGUGACUCCGAAGCAACAGAUAGAAGCCACCCCAGUUCCAGCCAUUGAUGAUGCAGACCUGCACGAGGAACCGUAUUUAGCGCAUGUAAAUACUCCAUCCCAGCAUUUGGAUGAUUUCUCAUCGCCCGGCAGCACGAGCCAGCGGUUCCCACAGCCGGUGCACUCUGACGAGGAGGGCGGAACACCAGGGCGCCCGGGAGUCGACUACCCCAUUCUCACCACCAUCCCGUCCACUAGCUUCGACUGCAAGACCCAACGGUAUAAAGGAUUCUUCGCUGACCCUGAGACUAGAUGCCAGGUGUGGCACUACUGCGACCUGAACGGAGGCCAGGCGUCGUUCCUCUGCCCCAACGGCACAAUCUUCUCCCAGGCUGGUCUGACCUGCGACUGGUGGUUCAACGUGCGCUGUGCCGCCACGCCGCAGCUAUACGUGCUCAAUGAGAGCCUCUACAAGUAUAUCCUGCCACACUCGCCCAAGUUCCCCGAGGAUUACAGCGGCCCUCUUGUUGAUAAAUACCUAACGUUGAAAUUCAAAGAGAUGGAAGAACAGUUUAAGAAAAAUAAGAAUAAAGGUGCUAAUGAGAAAAUGGAUUCGGAGGAGUCAAGUGAAGACUCGACGGAAAAAGAACUGGAAACAACCAGUCAGAAGAGUGAAGAGAUUAGUGACGAUGAUCUGGGCAACGUCAGUGAGGCCAAUGUCCAUGUAGGGUCGCCAGGCACCAGUGGCAAUGUAGAGAGGCUACAAGACUAGUACUCCUCACAAACAAAGACAAUGUCAUUCAAUUUUGCAGCAUUUCUUUAACUAGGUCCACGCAAAUAAUUUGACCUUGCGUCGCAGUAUUUUUAGACGAACGAAUCUUGAUAAAGUAGGGCGCAAUAAACUGUGAUAGUUUAAAUUCCGCGAGUGUGGUCGCUUUUGUAUGUACCUAUUGUGUGUUAGGACUAAAUUAAUUUUAAACCAGUGACGAUGCGUGGAUGAUUCAGAAUUUAGAUUAAGUAGUUAAGUGUAGAGAAUCCAUUUUUAAAUUUUAAUUUCGCCAUCUUAAUACUUCCUGUUAAUAUUAAAAUACCUUCUUAAUUUCUAGGGAAUUAAACUUGCCAUAUUUUGCCAUGUUUAAUUCGAAUAAUAAAUAGGUAAAUUCUCAUACGUUAUAUGAGAAUAAGUACAUGAUUGUGUGUGAAAAAUUAGAUCGACUAUAUGUCAAAUAAUUUAUAUUCGUUUAAGUUAGCAUCAAUACUCAUAGUGAUAUAUUUGUGCAAUGUGUAAAUAAUGACUGCCUGCCAUUUGAUAUAGAUGUGCAAUAAAUUAUUUAUGUCUAAAAUA